GACCGAGGGACUCACACACACACACACAUCUUUCUCUCUCUCCUGCUGGCAGUGCAGCCCCGAGCGCGCCCCCGACCAGACGCCGCCGCCGCCCCUCGCGCCGCCCCCAGCGCCGCAUUGCGCUAAACCCUCUCAUCUGAGGCAUGAACUAACGCAGCCCGCGAUGACCGCCAGCCAAGAUUGCAGCCAGGUGGCAAGCCUUGGUGGGUUUCCGCGGCUGCCGGCGCCGCCGUCGCUGAGCCGCAGCAGUUCCAACGUGUCGAGCACCCUGUCCAAGGAUGGCUGCACCAACUUCACCGUCCGCGUGGUCAGCAACACCAGGUACAAGCACCUGUCGCAGGUGCUGGCCGCCCUGGCAGUCUCGCUGGGGCCGCUGGCCGCCGGCCUCGGCAAGGGUUACAGCUCGCCGGCCAUCGCGUCGCUGCAGGAAAUCCAGGAAAGCAGAGAACUCGCCAGACGCUCCAAGCCCAACCUCGCCAACGUCACAACUUUUCAUGAUGGCUUCCCCGUUUCUGAGCAACAAGCGUCGUGGGUGGCGAGUCUGUCGCUGCUGGGGGCGCUGUUCGGCGGCGCCAUGGCCGGCGUGGCGCUGCGCUACGGUCGGCGCCGCAUCCUGAUCGUGUGCGCGGUGCCGUUUUCGGCGUCGUGGCUGCUCACCGUGUUCGCCACUUCCGUCGAGAUGAUGUUCGCCACCGCCUUCGCGGGCGGCUACUGCUGCGCCCUCGUUCUGCUCGUCACUCAAGUGUACGUGAGUGAAAUCGCGUCUCCGGAGGUGCGAGGCGCGUUGUCUGCGAUGCUGAAGGUGGCGAACCACGUGGGGGUGCUGCUGAGCUUCGUGCUGGGCGCGUACAUCAACUGGCGGCAGCUGGCGUGCGUGCUGGUCGCGGCGCCGCUGCUGCUGCUGGUGGCGUCGGCGUGGCUUCCGGAGUCGCCCUCCUUCCUGUUGGUGCAGGGCCGCGAGCAGGAGGCCGCACAGGCGCUGCAGUGGCUGCGCGGGCCGCAGGCCGACAUCACGUGCGAGUUGGCCACGCUGCGCUCGAACGUGCUGCGGCCCAAGUCGCACCUGCGCUGGCGGCCGCAGAUGUGGCGGCCGGUGCUGCUCACGUGCGGCCUCAUGUUCUUCCAGCGCUUCUCAGGCGCGCACGCCUUCAACUUCUACGCGGUGCCCAUCCUGCGCCAGACGCUGGGCAGCGGCGUCAACGCGCACGCCGGCGCCAUCGUCGUCAGCAUCGUGCAGUUGUUGGCCGCCCUCGCCUCCGGCCUCCUCAUAGACCGCGUCGGCCGCGUCCCCCUCCUCGCGGCCUCACUCGCCCUCAUGGCCGCCUCGCUGGCAGGCUUCGGCGCCGCCGCCUCUCAAGGCGCCGCCUCCGCCUGGCUCCAGCUCUCCUGUGUCCUGCUCUUCACGGUGGCCUUCUCGCUGGGCAUCGCCCCGAUCCCGUGGCUGCUGCUGGCCGAGCUGUUCCCUCUGGAGGACCGCGGCGCCGGCGCCGCCAUCGGCACCGGCUUCAGCUACACGUGCGCCUUCAUCGGCGUGAAGACGUUCGUCGACUUUCAGCAGUGGCUGGGCAUCGGCGGCGCCUUCUGGCUCUACUCGCUCAUCGCCGUCGCCGGCCUCUUCUUCGUGCUCGCCUUCGUACCUGAGACCAAGGGCCGCGACCUCGAGGGCUCCUCCGACCAAGAGCAACAGGCUUGAUACGAGAUGCAACUCGAGGAGCGCCAGGCCCUGCCCCUCGACCGCUGCUGCAACUCCACCAGCACCGUCUAAAACGCAAACGUUUCUGGGUGCAAACGUGUCUCGUCUUCUCAGUCAGCAGGUCUCAAAUUACACUGCGCGCAAUUUAGGGAAGAUCAAGCCGAAAAUGUCCCUUUUGUUUUGUAUGUGACAACAAUGGUCUUUAAUUUUUAGGUGAUAAGUUUUUUUAAUUUUAGGACGGAUUGCAUCAAAGUAUUUGCAAUUAUAAAACGACCACCAUUUUUGUACAAACCACAUUAGGUGCUUUUAAAAUCUCCUUCUAAAAAAAGCCCUUCCAUGAAAAUGAAACAUAAUCUUUUAUCAAAUUAAAUUUUUAUCUGGCUUGGAAAAAAUGGACGGAUUACUAAUGACUAAACAGAUCUGCUGACGAGUAUUUUGAUAGGGCACGAAAACGUAGAAACAGAAAAUGGUGCGAAAAUUAUAAACGCCUCUCCUACAGUCAAUAAUAGAGCUUUCUCCUUAGCUGUAAAACUCACGCGCACAUUUAUAUACAAAAGUCUGAGACAUGGCCACACAUUUCGGAAAACCAUAUCUCUUUUCUGCAUUUUUUUGUUGGUAACAAUUAAAAUAUAGUAGGACACCAAUGUUUUGUACAUACUCCUCUGUGACUAGCGGCAUUUUUGCUUAAUUCCCUUGCUUCGGAGUCGAGUGGUCUCUGCUCUCUAGUCUCUUUUUUUUCUCUCUACACAUAUAUUCGCCGUUAAUUGGUAUUUUAUUAGCUAUAGGGACUUUUUAUCAUUGAAGACGUAUCAAAAACUCCUUUUGCAAAAUCCAAAACGCGGACGGACGCACAUUUUUUUUGUCUCGAGUAAUAAUAUCAAAAGCGAAAUAAAUAUAUCUCUCCUUUAUACACGCAAAGUCGGUCUAUAUAUAAUAAGUAUGUACUUGUGAGACGGAAGUCGAUUUUAUUAAUUGCUCUUGUGCCAAAAUUCAUGUGGAAAACGUCAAUUGAAAUAAUACAAUAAUGUGUAUAAAUAUUGUUCAUUGUGUGUACGGUCGGCGGUGCGAUUAAAAUUUGCUGCUGGAUAAACUACUACUUGGGGGAAAGAUGAAGAAGAAGUGCCAUUUAAUGUUAAGUGAGAAAACAGUGAGAGCGAAAAUUAAGGCAAUAAAAAUCCGAGCAGCGCCGUUCGAGUUUCCACGCGCAAUGAUUUGUAUAACCUUUUUGCCUAGGCCUAUAUACACACCGAACUUGGUUUUUAAUGUGUAAAAAACAUACGAAGCGACAAUAUGCUGUGUAAAUAACUGUAUAACUUGUUAGACGAAAGACUCUCGCAGGAGAAUAAUUUAAACAAAAAUAAGGAAUCAUGUAUGACAUAAUAAUAUCUCAUCAAACGACAAUAAGGACAAGUGCUUUAGAAUCAGCUCUCUGAUAAUAAUAUAUAUUAUAUUAACGAUAGGAUAUCAGAAAAUGACGCAAUUUAAGUGCGGAAACAAUAUCAAACACUCUAUGAAUUGAUCUUAUAUGAAUAUUUAAGGAUGAAACUAAUAAAGGUCUAUUGUCUUCGAAAUCGCGUCUCAUUUCGUAGAAGGAAAAAUGCAAGAAAAUGCGUUUUUUUUUCAUUUUGGUUCUGCACAACCAAGGAAACAGUUAUAUUCUCAUAUAUAUAAUUAAUCUAGAUUCUCUCUCUUGAUCUUUCUUUAUCAACAAUAAACACUUUGUAAAACCAAACGUAACAAAACGGAAUGUUAUUAUGAUCUGCUGGCGUGCUACAUGUGAUCACACCUUGCGCAACAUUGGCAAGUUCAGCACGUCCGGCACUUCGACGUCCUCCAGCCUGAUGUUCGAAGGGUUGAACGGGAAGCGGACGGGGAAACUGAACUUUGAGUCCAUCAACAAAGUAGCCUGCAACAGAUUCCGAAUAUAGAACGAUUAGUAAAGAAAUUACCGAGAAAAGUCAAAUAUUUUGAAAAUAGUGUCAAAAAUAGUUAGAUUUAAUUUAAAGUUCAUAAUUUGAUGUUUUAAACAGUAAAAUGUGUAAAAUAUUUUACUUCAAAGACACAGAAUCAGGGGGGAAAAGUUAAUUUUAAUGAAAAAAAAAUUUGGUGUCCGAAUAAAUUGAGAUUAAUGAGGGGCUUCUGUUAAAAUACAGCACAAUUAAUUUUGACGAUUUUUUAAUUAUACUUUUGCAUUGGUUUGUAGAUGAAAUUUCUGAGGAAA